CGAAGAUCAGCACGAAGACGUUCAUCAGUUAACUUCUCGAUCGUCAACACCUGUCGACCAUAUUCUUCAUUUCCCCAGACAGCACAUCGAACAACAAAUUCAAAGAAAAAUUCAUUUUCAAGGAACAUCGUUCAGCAUCGCUGAACGCCCACUUCGUACGCGUUUUUUGAUAUUCCGAAAUCAGCCUUCUCAGGAUAUGUCACGUGGUCGCACGUAACCGAAACGAAAUCAAUCGGUCCGAAAGUAUACACGCUACUGCCAGGUUUCAUAGGUGUGUCCGAACGUCGACGGCAGCGAAUGGAUUUACGAAUGUGCCCGAUGGUGCUGUACGAAGUCAAUCGUUCAACCCUUUCGAUCUUGCUCUCCGAUGGAACGCCGCUUACUCAGCGCGAAGGUACUUAACGAACGAAACCAGACGAUCUGCGCAAUGAUCCCUGAAAUCGCAGAAGAGGACGUUCGACAUCGAGACGGUCAACGGAAGCACAUUCGAAGCGGUGACUCUUUCUUUGUAGAUUUAUAGGCCACGGUCGCCCCUUCUGUUCUCGUCAACGAAGGCGAUCCGUGACUCCUUUUCUUAGCCGUAGCUAAAUUGUCUCGAGAACGAUCUCUCGACGCGUCGACUUCGCGGCCCGAGACUUAAAAGCCAAAAGCGCACCAGUCGAACGAAACGGAAACACACAAGAUGAGUGACUAAUAUACGUUUAGCACAAUUUUUAGUAUCGCGGCUCUCGAUGCUAUUCUCGUUUGCUCUCUUACGCCGAGGAGUCGCAUGGUCCGGUCGACCGAACGAUUGACAGAGAGGAAUGGAAUCGGUUUAAACCUUGAUUGUAAACGUAAAUUAACACAUUAAGCGCCAUGUCAGUCACUGGUGAUCGACUCUUCUGAAUUACAUGAAAACAAUCGUAACAUGCGAGGUAACUGAUGUGGAAUGAAAAUGUUUAAUAACGUAACUAAGUUGAUAAUAGUGUAAUGCAAAAAUUCUAACGCCAAAUAAUGAAUAAUUGUUCUUGCUUUUCUUUGCUACAAAAGAAUACCUCCACCGAAAAAUGGUCAAAAUUUUCGUGGCGCUUAACGUGUUAAAACGCGAUCUCGUUAUUCGGUAACUGCCCAAGGCGCGCGAUUAACGAAGUUUCCUAUUAUUUUCGAGUAAAUAACUCGAGUGCAUAGCUGCCCUAUCCUAGAGAUGAUCGUUGAACGAACAAUCUGGGAUUAGGAGAAUUCUCGAAGAGUUUCUUGGUCGAAUUUCUCAGUGAAUCCGUAUUUCCGGACAAGCGAGGAUCGAGUCACAGGUGCGUAGCAUAACGUGUAUUUUAUUUUGAAUCGCUAUUCGAACCGCGUUCCUAUGGCGGAUUGCGAAACGCAAGAGAAAAAAUGGUCCCCGGCGACUAGCGAUAACACAGAGGCAAGAGCGAUCUCUUUCCUCCUCGGCCUGUAAGAGAGCAUGUUGUAUAUGUACCUAUUAUUGUCGUCAUUACGAUAAAACCUCGCGGACGCACGGCGGUGAUAAAAAUGGAGUACACACUCUAGACGCGUCUACCUAUCGAAAGAAGGCAGCCGCGUAUUCCUCGCGAUUCUACCUCGAGAUCUCCGGUUCUCGUUGCUCGUGUCCCACUGUUCGUUCCCGUUUCCCCUCUGCAUCAUCAUGCUGCGACGGCUGUGGCGACUGAAGGCGGUCGUCGUGCCAAUAUUAACAUCUUCUCCAACAAACAACAUAAGUACACCUACAUUUCCAUGCAGUAUUAAAGAGAAAGCUCGAAAUAUUCGAUAAAACGAUGUUGCAAUUACAAAAUGCAGUCAUAACAUCAACAUUUCCUGCUCCUACCACCAGGUGGUUCGCACGUGACUCCAUUUUCUCAAAGAACGCAAAUAAUCCGUCAAUAACUUCCGAACAAAGGCGUUAUUAUAGCAGACGCGACCCAGUGUCUAUAAUAAUUAUCGACCAUUAAUUCUUAUCGACGAGAUCGAUUAGUAAACAACGGAUCAAACGAUUCCGCGUUUUCCCCCCUACGACGCAGCGCGUAAGGUCGUCGCAAUUUGUUCACGAUCCUGUCGGCCUCUGGUGAGCUGCAGUGAGAACCACGGCACGUCAAAGCCGCAAAGCACCGCUGUCGCAGGGACAGUGAGCGAUUGCACGGGGAAUCGCGAGAGCGAACGAUGAGGAACUAUGCAGAAUCGCAGCGAUACCGCGCGAGAAACGGCGGCGAGGCUCGUGCGUAGCGAGACAUAACCGGCGACGACAUAACCCGAAGGUGUAUUAAAAUGAUUAGUGGCAUUCAGAUCGCGCUGAAGAAUGCCAUUGACGUGAUCGCGCCGCCGGCCACGCCGCUGCAGGACUUCACGUACCACUGGAAACUGUUGAUGAACUUCUAUGUGAACCACCUGACCAACUGCAAAGUGCCCAUACAGACUACCGGUAUACCCCGACAUUUGGACAGGUUGCUGGAGAUACUUUUGGAGGAGGAGAAGGACGAAGAUGAACCAGGCCCGUGUUUGGAGUACUUGUUGCAGCAUAAGCUGUUGGACCUAUUGGCCACGUUGGCCAGCGCAGAGACUCCCCCAGGAAUGAGGACAGUAUGUUUGUCCUUCCUGAGGAAGUUGCUGGGAAGAUCGAAGUACCCUUUGUUACACCACACAUCGAUCUAUGGCCCGGUGCAACGGUUAAUCACUCUGUGCAAUGGGAAUCCUCCAUCCCCUAUGGAAGCCGAGGAGGUCCAGUUCCUUCUUACCAUCUGCUUCCUGGUUUGCAAGUAUCCCCAUGUGACCAACAUCAUAAAUGAUGCUCCGAACAUUCAGAAACAGAAUGUCGCCGCCAGAUUGAACUCCGAACGAAUGGAGAUCGAGAAGGUCACUUACGUGCCCACUAGAAAGAGGAGUAAUUUCAAUCCGUUGUUUGAACCUCUGGACACACAGGCGGUGACCCUGAUUAAUCCGAAUUUAUUUCAUUCGGAGAAUGAUAGGAGACGAUUCCCUGGGGUUAGUAGGUCGUCGAACAAGUCUGAGGCGGCCCGAGGAACGUCGAGCCAAUCGAAUGAAUCGGUAUCUUCCACGGAGGUAGAAAACGCCUCCCAAUCUUCUAGUCCCGCCACUCAGAAACCGAUCUCCGAGUCUAGCUCGAGAGUCGCAGCGCCGAGCUCCGAAGGUCAGGAGUAUGAGACCUCGCAGAAGUGCGAGGACAUGGCUUUAAUGAAUGAAAUAGACACACAUUUGCAGAAUCUGAGAGAUUUCAGGCUAGAUACUGAAUACGGUGGUUACGAGGAUGGUAGCUAUAUAGAGAAUGGUCAGUGCUUGAUGGAAUCGAAGACACCGCAGAAGUCUAAAUGCCUUCUACUAGAUGCCUUGUUGAGUUACGUAAACACUGCGGACAAUACUGUGAGAAUAAGAGCCUGCGAGGGGAUCAUGGUUCUUGCGUCCUUGGAUGAUCCAUCUUUUGGCCAGAUGAUGGCCAAUAGCGAUUUAAUAUCUUCGAUACCCAGUAGAUUAGAAAAUCUCUUCAACGCUAUUCCAGCACACGUUGAUCCAAACGAGAUCGACGGAGUGGACGUCACGUGGGGCUUAGACUCACCAGCCUGGACGAAGGAGAAAAAGUUCUCCGGAUGCAGACAGGUCGCCGCGUUUUUUAUGUGGUUCGAUUACUGCAACCAACUGAUAAGGGAAGCUUAUCCGGAUGUUGCCGAUGCACUCGCGAAGAAUAUUAAAGUAAACUUUUUUGAGAAGAUCGUAACACCAGCCUUGGCUGAACAUCAUGUUGUUCUGAUCACUGCGUUGGUCACGAAAUGUUUAAAGGAGUUAACAUCCGCUGCGUUGUGUACAGAAAUAAGUUACUGGCUAGUCGGGCAAGAUCGAGGCCCAGAAAUUCCAAACGUGUGGACGUCACCCGUGUUGCACAGGUUGAUAGACAACUGUUUCACCGACAGCGAUGAUUUAACGCUGGAAACGUUAAAGUUAUUCGAGGAAAUGAUAGAAAAAAGGAACGAGCAUAUAUUGCAUUGUCUCGUGUUGGUAUACUUGUCAACUAGAGGCUAUUACGAUAAUACUGCUGCGGACAGCGCAAUUGCGUCGUGGAGCGACGAGGAGGACGAAAGAGAAAGAGAAAAGAAAGGAUCUCUAGAUCUCUCUUAUGAACAGAGCCAUAGUCGAACACUAGCACCCAGUAAUAUUCACAGAAUUGUAAAUUGCUUCCUGUCCCUGAUUCCGCGCUAUCUCCAGACGGACACGGACGUGAAUAAUUACGAGCGUUACAUGGCUGACUUGGAGAGGCAGUAUUCUACUGUGCUAUCGGACUGCUCGCUGAUGGCGUGGCCGCUGGAAGCGGUGACCGUCGACGAUUCCGCAAGCUCCGACUCUAGACCGGAAGCAGACCACUGUUCCGUGCGGUUUUACAUGGGCCCGUUCAUGGCCAUGCUUUUCGAAAAGGUGGCCAGUAUUCCACGACAAAAGUACGAGGUCAACCUUCAGUUGACCGUGGUGAUCUCGAGGCUAGCGCUGUUACCUCAUCCGUACCUGCAUGAAUUUUUACUGAAUCCGCUACUACCGUUGGCACCCGGCACAAAAAACUUGUUCACUUGCUUGCAAAAAGUCGUCAAGCAGCUCGUGAACGAAGUACCAAAGACGCCGGAUCACAAGCAAAUGUUGAAAGAGACGAGGGAACGUCUCCUUGAAGAUUGUUCCCACGAAGGGGAGAAGGAGAAUAUUUUGUUCGAGAGUGUAAUCGUCACGGAAGAAUUUUGCAAAGAACUCGCUGCGAUAGCUUAUGUUAAGUACCAUCAUUCUAUGUGAUAACUAAUAUCAAAGAUGUAAAUUCUAGGUAUUAUUUAUGUAUUACGG